UCGUUAAUAUUGGAUAAGAAAUAUUUUUCAAUUUCCCAAACAGUGUUUUUUAUUUCUAUUUAUUUUAUGAAAAUGUAAGAUGAGGUGAUAAAGGUUUGCAGUACCGCGUGGCAGUGACCUCACCACGUUUAACUUCCGUGUGCGGGUUUGUUCAUCAACCGUUGGUGCCAGUUGUGUGGCUGCUGGAGACAUGGACAAGGACAACCAAACAAGCUCCGCAUUUAGUUGGCACAGUCCAUUCAUUAAUUUCAAAAUUAAAGUAGAGAAUAAUUGUCACAAAAAAAGGAAAUAUGAUUCUGGCUCUGACUCUGGAUAUGAGACUCCAAACAAAAAAGUAUUUUGCUCAACAGAAAAGUAUGAGGAAGUGCUCUUAAAUCCUGCAGCUGACUUCGACUAUGAUGUCGAUGAUAUCUUGUGCCUUAAUCCCUGUGGUUCUUCUAGUGCUAAAGCAUUUUCUGACAAUGUUGAGAGCGAUCUAAUACAAAGUGGAAACUCAUUUGAAAAAGAGCCAGUUGUAAAUUCCCAUGUGACACAUGAGAAAAACACUGAAAUCGUAGAUUGGCAAGUGAAGGGAGAUGAGAAUAAAAACAAGAUUCUGAAUGUUAAAGAUGUGGAGAAGGACAAGGGUUAUUCCUCUGUGUCCUACAUUAAGGACCUUGAAUUGGGGAAGAACCUCUCUCAGUCAGCAUAUGCGCAGCUGCCCUCAGAAACCUUUAGUCCUAAAUUGAGGCAGAAACUAGAGGAUGACAGCCAGCCUCGAAGUUCCCCAGAGCAGCAAAGUUGUCACAAAGAAUUCACACUAUCUGGACAGGGCAUUUCCUUCAUAGGCAGUGAUUUGUGUCCCAUUGUUACUGGGCCACAGUUGGAGCCUUUGAGCUCUCCUGGAGAGGCUUUGGAAGGUGAUGUUGAAGUAUGGAAUAUAGGUCCCCCCAGAUUUGAGUCAUCUCUUUGCCAGCAAGUCUCGGAGAAUUUGGAUGAUAAUGUUGAGCAGGUGUCAGAGAAGUUGCAGGGAGAUGCUGAGCCAACCCCUCAGUGUCAUGCUGCACUCGGUGUAGAGGACCCCACACUGAGCAGCUUUGAGGAAACUAUCCUACCUCCUGUGAAGAUAAAAUCCGCUGUGGUUGCUGCAGGUCAGUUCACCUGCUGGAGCAAAGCAGCACCCUGGCCUGAGCACGACUUUGAAAAGCAAAGCCAAAGGGACAGUCACUACAGGCCGGUGAUGGGCAAAAGGGAGGACAUAGAACAUGAGAAACGUCUAUAUGUCCAUGCUGUCACCAGACACAUGAAUGAGAAGCCGCAUGACAGGCCAGCCGUAGUGAACGAGCUGCAGAACUUGAUGACUCAUGUGGCUGACCAGAGGUCAAGCACUUAUGGAGGACAGUGGCAGCACCCUUCUGAUCUCACACGAAGAAACUACAAGAAACGUUUUGGAAAUGCGAUGCCAAAAGUUUCCCUCAGAGAAUGGAUGGAAAUGAACAGCAGAAGAACACACAAGCGCUUUGCCAAGGUCCCCAAAACCUUUGAGAGAAGUGCUAUAGCUUGAACUAGGAGCUUUGGACAAUCUUAUUGCAUGUUAAAAUGUUCAAAGUAUUUCAUGUUUUAAGUGUGUGAUGUUUUGUAAAUGGUGCACUUAAGUGUUCAGGCACCUUGCCUUUUUACUGUGUUUGAAAGUUUUUUAUUGUAAAUUUAAUUUAUUGUGUUGUGUUUUUCCACUGACGUGCACAAGAUGCAUCUUUGCCAGCUUCUACAAAGCUUCCUUUAAGAGCUAUGCACAAGUAGAAUCUCACAGAAGUGACCAUGGAGCCUAAAGUACAUGAAACAUGACCAGCUUGGAUCUCAGCCAUUGAAUAAUGCACACUCUUAAAGUGAUCCUGUCAUUACAGAUAGUGGGUAGGCCUGCCCAGCUAUCCAGAGGGUAGUAGUGUGGGUGUCAGGGAGGCUUCAUGUCACAUGCUGUGCAGUCUGUGAGGCACGUGUGAAGCUGAGCAACCACAGCACUUCAUUUUACAUUUUAAGUGUUUUACCCAUCCAGUGUUGAGCCCAGGAUGGCAGCAGAGGGGAUGCUUCUGUUCUUUUAGUUAUCCAGCAUGCACUAUCAAUAACUAAAGACUAAAUUCCAUUUCUUGGGUCAGUGAUUACUCUUGUAUUGACCAAAGUUCAGCAUGGGACUUAAAGCUAUUUUAGUUUUUCUCAAGUCUCAUUGAUUUUGGAGAUUCAUUACAGAUUCAGGCAAAUAUAUUGUUGACUUGGCAAUAAAUGUUGUUGCCUGGAACCACG